GAUGCGGUUCACCUCGGACCACCGCACAUCGGAGUAGGCCAACGGGCCCCCCGAGGGGAGACAGAAAGAAAAUGCUAAGCCAACUCCUCGCGAGCCACCCCGGCGCUAGAGCUGGGCGAGUGAAAGUGAAAGCGUUGGGCGAGCGUUGCCAAAGCAACGGUCCCAGUUGACGUAGCGCGUUAAAAUGUACCAAUGUCGAGUACGUGGCCAUCGGGCGGCAGGCGCCGCCAAAGAUUUCGCUCAAGAAGACGCCCCUGGAGAAGAUGUGCCCAUCGCGGGACUCGCCACGGUGCGUUCCGGCUAGCCUGCGGUACAGGACGCACGACGGGACCUGCAACAACGCCCGCCGACCACGCUGGGGCUCGGCCCAGAUGCCCUUCAAUCGGUUCCUGGCCCCGGAGUAUCAGGACGGUGUCGAAGGCAUACGGCGAUCCGUGACCGGUGCAUCGCUUCCGUCGGCCCGCUUCGUCAGUCUGGUUGUGCACGGUUCCCGCGACGAAGAAGCGCCCGUGACGAUGAUGUUGGCUCUCUGGGGCCAGCUGAUUGACCACGAUCUGACGGCCACGGCACAGCCGCGUAGCAUCAACGGGUCAACACCGCGGUGCUGCAACGGUGGCGAAGAGAGCACCCAUCCGUCCUGUCUGCCGAUCAAGGUGCCGCACGACGAUCCGUGGCUGUCCCACCUGGGCGUACGCUGCCUGGAGUUUCUCCGCUCGGCACCGGCCCAACGUCGUGACUGUUUGCUAUCGUGGCGUGAGCAAACCAAUCAGGCCACCGCUUACCUGGACGCGUCACCGAUCUACUCGAGCAACCCGCGCUCGUCCGACAACGCCCGGAUCUUUCGCCAGGGGAUGCUGCUGUUCGGGCGGGGACCUCCACACGAGGACGUGUGCUUCCGGGCGGCACUCGCCAACCAGUGCAUCCGACCCGGGGACAGCCGCAGCGGUGAACAGCCUGGGCUGCUGAUGAUGCACAUGGUGUGGGUAAAUGAGCACAACCAGAUCGCGACCCGGCUGGCCACGCUCAAUCCGCACUGGAGCGACGAGAAGGUGUACCAGGAGGCACGCCGCAUCGUGGGGGCCCUCUUUCAGCACAUCACGUUCCGGGAGUUUCUCCCGCUGGUGCUGGGCCGGGACGUGUGCCGACUGUUCGAUCUGGAGCUGGAAACGAGUGGCCACUACCGCGGGUACGAUGCGAACGUCAACCCAACGGUAGCGAACGAGUUCGCGGCCGCCGCGUUCCGGUUCGGUCACUCGCUGAUUCAGCACACGUACAUGCGGGCUGAUCGGCACCAUCGGUUCAUCGGCAACAACGUCAGUCUGCACGAGGACACUUCGGAGGGCGAUUUCGGGGGCCCCGGCUCCUUGCACCGGUUGCUGCGCGGUAUGGUUAACCAGCGCGCCCUAAAGCGGGACGAGUUUAUCACGCCCGAGCUGACCAACCAUCUGUUUCAGACCAAAAGCUUUCCAUUCGGGCUGGAUCUGGCGGCGAUCAACAUCCAGAGGGGACGCGAUCACGGGUUACCGGCGUACGUGAGCUGGCGGGGCCCGUGCGGACUCUCGUCGAUUCGGGACUGGGACGACCUGGAUCGGAUCAUGGGGCCCGCUUCAACCACGCGGCUGCGCAAAGCGUACCGAACCGUGGAUGACAUCGAUCUGUUCGUUGGCGGGCUAGCGGAACGUCCGGUGGUCGGCGGUAUCGUUGGCCCCACUUUUGCGUGCAUCAUCGCGCAGCAGUUCAGCAACCUGCGCAAGGGCGAUCGGUUCUGGUACGAGAAUGCCGGCUUCGAAUCGUCGUUCACGCCAGCCCAGCUCGAGUCGGUCCGCCAGGUGGCUUUUUCGCAGGUGCUUUGCCGGGCCCUGGGCGGUGGCGGUUCGCUGCAACCUUUCGUGUUCCUUCCGCCCGACUUCGGGCAGAACGAGCGGCUGCCGUGUGACGCGAGGCUGAUGGCCCCGAUCGACUUGGACCCGUGGACGGAACGCGACCCCUUCACAAACACCGACACCGACAGUGAGGACGAGGACGAGGACGACGACAACGACGGGGGGGCACCAGCGGAAAACUCUCCCUCAGCGACUGACCUACUCACGGCGCAAUCGACAUUUUCUGCCGCCAGCACCACCACGACAACUACACGCCGACCUCCGGCCAACGUCGUCAACAAGGUAGACCUCGUGACGAAUGGUAACACAGGACUACAACAGCAGCCCCGACCUACCACGAUUACCAAGGGACAACCGGCGACACUGGCCGUGGCACCGACCGUGCUCGUGAGCAACAAACUCGACCUAAGCCACCAACCGACCAACCGACCCGCCGCUGGUGCCACGGCCGUGGACAACAAGCUAGACCUGAAGGGGACGACGAAACCGACGACGCCGGCGGCCACGAAACGGAAACCGACUCGAAAACCGACCACAACCAAGAAACGACCCAGCGCCUCAUUGGUGGUGAACAACAAUCUUGACUUUUCGGCCACACGUAGCGCCAACGCCACUCUGACCGACACGCGAACGCCGAACAGACGCACGAAACGGGCCGCUAACCCGGACGCCCGACACGGAUAUUACCAAACGCCACCACCGACCGGUUACGGUGACUACGACGACGAGGACUAUGACUCGGACUAUGGGCCACCGUACCUUGCGUACGGUUACCAUCGACCAACGACACCCACUACGACCGCUCAGACUCCGCCUCCGUACGGCUACUACUACACGGCCCCACCGACACCUCCUCCACAGCCUCCUUACCCUUACCUUGACACACGUCGACCGAACCACGGGACGAGGACGACUCCACGACGCAGACUAUCCGACAAACUGACACUCACUCACGACCCGCUCACGAAUCAACCUCAACCGGGACCACAGAGACGCAGGACUACCUCGCGACCGGACGACGACGCCCAGACGCCUAAUAAACCUUUCAAAAAACCUUCCGCCACUGCGCACUCCUCUGUCUUCUCUGUCGACUUUAGAGCCCUCGCUACUAACCGCCGCCGAACGCUUCACGCUAACCACUACCAGUCUUCCGCCGUCAAUGGCACCACUGUCACUACUCUUCUUUCCGAUCUUCCCACGAAACUGUCCGAAUCUUUCUCUGUCGACGACUACGACGAUCAAGACAUUCGACUCACGCCGACCGACAAUAAACUGACUAGCAGCAAGCAAGACUUUGGCGGACCGGUGCCCGACGACCAUGACGGUUACCUAAGACCAGAGCAGACACACUUUGAACCGCUCGUGCGCCAAACGGCCACCGCACAAACCUACCGAGACUACUGGACCACGCGGCAGACUGAUCGCAGACAUUACCGUGACUACUACACCGAUCAUCCGAACGGACUACAUCACGGGGACGUACCGCAGACAGUCCGCUAUGCCUCGGCGUACGACAAACCGUUACUACUCGAUGACUACUCGGACAAAUUCGUGGGACUCCUGCGGGACGAAGAAGCCAGUACGGGACUGUUAGCGACCGGGACUACUGGACCGACAAACCGACACGACACGUCGAAGGAACGGUCCAUACGAACGGAGGAUACAAAGGACACGGACCGGAAACCGAUCACCCGACCAAAGGACAAACGACCGACAAACCACAGACUCAAGGUACCGGGCGGCAAACCAAGCUCCAUCUCGCUGGUACCGUUCGUCCUGCUGACCAACAUUGAUCGACCGGACAACUGGGUGAUGUACCACUCGAAGCCCUCCAAAAACCGGAAGUCACCGUCGGUACCGCUGCUGAAGAGUGACAUCUUUUCCCUGAACGAACUGCCCACACCCAUCGUUGGCCCCGACUAAGGACCGACGCCGCCACCGCCGCGAUGGGCGGACCCCAACUUUCACGACAUGACAGAUUCACCCUCUCUACGUGCGCGCCAGACGUGGGGAAGGCCGCACAUUAUUCCGCACAUCAUAUGUUAUUUAUUUAUUGCAUUACAUGAAGAAAAAGAAAUGCUUAACCAUGAUUAAACACAGAUACAC